GUGCUCGAGAGGCAGAUAUUUGAUUUCCUUGGUUAUCAGUGGGCACCUAUCCUGGCAAAUUUUAUACACAUUAUUAUAGUCAUACUUGGCUUAUUUGGAACCAUCCAGUAUAGACCUCGUUACAUAACAGGAUAUGCUGUCUGGCUGGUCCUUUGGGUUACAUGGAACGUGUUUGUUAUCUGCUUCUAUUUGGAGGCUGGGGACCUUUCAAAGGAAACAGAUCUCAUUCUGACCUUUAAUAUCUCAAUGCAUCGUUCUUGGUGGAUGGAGAAUGGGCCGGGCUGCACCGUGACCUCAGUAACCCCAGCCCCAGACUGGGCACCAGAGGAUCAUCGUUAUAUCACUGUCUCGGGGUGUUUUCUUGAAUAUCAGUACAUAGAAGUGGCUCACAGUUCUCUUCAGAUCUUCCUUGCACUGGCGGGCUUCAUCUAUGCCUGUUAUGUUGUGAAAUGUAUUACUGAAGAAGAGGACAGCUUUGAUUUCAUAGGUGGAUUUGACUCUUACGGCUAUCAAGGUCCACAGAAGACAUCUCAUUUACAGCUACAGCCCAUGUAUAUGUCAAAGUAAACAAAGGGGCUACUCAACGUGGGCUGGAGGACCUGUCAGAGAAACUGUUUUAGGAUGGCUCCCUGGUUCUUCAAAGAGCAAAAAAAAAUCCAGUUUU